CGCGGAAACGCGAGCACCGCCCCCGACGGCAGCGGACGCCGCGCUCCCCUCACCUGCGCCGCCCGCCGGGCUCCUGACCCAGGCACCGCGCACCGCCCACCUACUCGGGCAGGGCCCACCGUGCCGUACUCGCGCGCGCUCGCAGGGAGCACUAAGAACCAACAUGCUGGCCACGCGCGGAGCCGCCCUGCUUCUCCUGCACCUGGCCCUGCAGCCGUGGCUGGCGGCCGGCGCCCAGGCCACCCCCCAGGUCUUUGACCUUCUGCCAUCCGCCAGCCAGAGGCUGAACCCGAGUGUUCUGCAGCCCAUCCUGUCAGACCCCACCCUGAACGAGCUCUAUGUGAUCUCCACCUUCAAGCUGCAGACGAAAAGUUCAGCCACCAUCUUCGGCCUUUACUCUUCUGCUGACAACAGCAAAUAUUUUGAAUUUACUGUGAUGGGGCGCUUAAACAAAGCCAUCCUCCGCUAUCUGAAGAAUGAUGGGAAGAUUCACUUGGUGGUUUUCAACAACCUGCAGCUGGCUGACGGCAGGCGGCACAGGCUGCUCCUGAGACUGACCAACCUGCACCGAGGGGCCGGCUCCGUGGAGCUCUACCUGGACUGCACCCAAGUGGAUUCCAUUCACAAUCUCCCCAGGGCCUUUGCUGGCCUCUCCCAGAGUCCCGGAUCUGUUGAAUUGAGGACUUUCCAGAGGAAGGCCCAGGACUCCUUGGAAGAGCUGAAGCUGGUGGUGAGAGGCUCACUGUUCCAGGCGGCCAGCCUGCAAGACUGCUUCCUGCAGCAGAGUGAGCCACUGGCUGCCACGAACACAGGAGACUUUAAUCGGCAGUUCUUGGGGCAAAUGUCACAACUAAACCAGCUGCUGGGAGAGGUGAAGGAUCUUCUGAGACAACAGGUCAAGGAAACAUCAUUUUUGCGAAACACCAUAGCUGAAUGCCAGGCUUGCGGUCCUCUCAGCUUUCAGUCUCCAACCCCAAACACCCUGGUGGCCCCCGCACCCCCAGCCUCCCCGACACCCCCCGUGCGCCGGUGUGACUCCAACCCGUGCUUCCGCGGCGUCCGAUGCACUGACACCAGAGACGGCUUUCAGUGUGGGCCCUGCCCCGAGGGCUACACAGGAAAUGGGGUCACCUGUUCUGACGUGGAUGAGUGCAGAUACCAUCCCUGCUACCCAGGCGUGCGCUGCGUGAACUUGGCUCCUGGCUUCAGAUGUGACGCCUGCCCAGUGGGCUUCACGGGGCCCACAGUGCAGGGUGUUGGGAUCAACUUUGCCAAGACAAACAAGCAGGUCUGCACAGAUAUUGAUGAGUGUCGAAACGGAGCAUGUGUUCUCAAUUCUAUCUGUGUUAACACCUUGGGAUCUUACCGCUGCGGGCCUUGUAAACCAGGGUACAGGGAUCAGAUGAGGGGCUGCAAAAUGGAGAGAAACUGCAGAAAUCCAGAGCUGAACCCUUGCAGUGUGAACGCGCAGUGUAUCGAAGAGAGGCAGGGGGAUGUGACGUGCGUGUGUGGGGUCGGCUGGGCUGGUGAUGGCUACAUCUGUGGAAAAGACGUGGACAUCGACAGUUACCCAGACGAAGAACUGCCGUGCUCUGCCAGAAACUGCAAAAAAGACAACUGCAAGUAUGUGCCAAAUUCUGGCCAAGAAGAUGCAGACAGAGAUGGCAUCGGAGAUGCUUGUGACGAGGAUGCUGAUGGAGAUGGGAUCCUGAAUGAGCAGGAUAACUGUGUCCUGACCCACAACAUGGAUCAGAGGAACAGUGACAAAGAUAUCUAUGGAGAUGCCUGUGAUAACUGCCGGAAUGUCCUAAAUAAUGACCAGAGAGACACUGAUGGGGAUGGAAAAGGAGAUGCCUGCGACGAUGACAUGGAUGGAGAUGGAAUAAAAAACAUCCUGGACAACUGCCCCAAAGUUGCCAAUCGUAACCAGCAAGACCGGGAUGGUGAUGGCGUGGGGGAUGCCUGUGACAGUUGUCCUGAUGUCAGCAACCCUAACCAGUCUGACGUGGAUAAUGAUCUGGUUGGGGACUCCUGUGACACCAAUCAGGACAGUGACGGAGACGGGCACCAGGACAGCACGGACAACUGCCCCACUGUCAUUAACAGUGCCCAGCUGGACACUGACAAGGAUGGAAUUGGCGACGAGUGUGAUGAUGACGAUGACAAUGACGGCAUCCCAGACCUGGUGCCCCCUGGACCGGACAAUUGCCGGCUGGUCCCCAACCCAGGCCAGGAGGACAGCAACAGCGACGGCGUGGGAGACAUCUGCGAGACCGACUUUGACCAGGACCAGGUCAUCGACCGUAUCGACGUCUGCCCGGAGAAUGCCGAGGUCACCCUGACCGACUUCAGGGCCUACCAGACUGUGGUCCUGGACCCUGAAGGGGACGCCCAGAUCGAUCCCAAUUGGGUGGUCCUGAACCAGGGCAUGGAGAUCGUGCAGACCAUGAACAGCGAUCCCGGCCUGGCCGUGGGCUACACGGCUUUUAAUGGGGUUGACUUCGAAGGGACCUUCCACGUCAACACCCAAACGGACGAUGACUAUGCUGGCUUUAUCUUCGGUUACCAAGACAGCUCCAGCUUCUACGUGGUCAUGUGGAAGCAGACAGAGCAGACAUACUGGCAGGCCACCCCAUUCCGAGCCGUUGCAGAACCCGGCAUCCAGCUCAAGGCGGUUAAGUCUAAGACAGGACCAGGGGAGCAUCUCCGCAACUCCCUGUGGCACACGGGGGACACCAGCGACCAGGUCAGGCUGCUGUGGAAGGACUCCAGGAACGUGGGCUGGAAGGACAAGGUGUCCUAUCGCUGGUUCCUGCAGCACCGGCCCCAGGUGGGCUACAUCAGGGUGCGAUUUUAUGAGGGCUCCGAGUUGGUGGCUGACUCCGGGGUCACCAUAGACACCACCAUGCGUGGAGGCCGGCUUGGCGUGUUCUGCUUCUCCCAGGAAAACAUCAUCUGGUCCAACCUCAAGUAUCGCUGCAAUGACACCAUCCCAGAGGACUUCCAAGAGUUUCAGACCCAGAAUUUCGAUCGCCUGGAUAACUAAACCGAGGAAGCAAUCCACAACUGCUUUUCCAAACACUAAAGCCAUAUAUUUUUUAACUUCCUACAGUUUCCUUUUUAUACACUGUGGCUUUCUUUUACCCACCCCAUAUACCAAACUUUUUAUAUGAAUGUGGCAAUAAAGAAGAGAUAAUUUCUAAAAACCA